AUGCUAGCAAGUGAUACGGGUUCUAAUAACCCGCACCUAAUGAUAGUGAAAUUAUUGGGAAGAGUAUCAUCAGCGCAACUCCGUCAAUGGGCUCGUUGUGGGGCAGAAGUUAAACUGGAGCGUGCGAUCUUAGCAGGACAAGGCCACCAUCUCCUGGUGGAGGCUGAAGCUGUUCCGCUUUCAAGAUACCUCGUCAAUCUCAUUAGAAAGUGCAAGGCUCUACACGCCGCGGUUGAAAAAGGGUCGCUUUUAGAACUCCAGGUAGCGAUGGAACUGCUGGAAUAUGAAUACAAUCGCCACAAAUACGUAGCAUGUUUAGAUGAAGCCGGCGUUGGCCUUCUACAUAAAGCAGUCUUCUAUAACUACAUGGACAUUAUUGAAUGGCUUGUCAGCAAUUAUCCACAUCUUGUACAUCAAAAAGAUUCCGAAGGUCGUAUACCAUUGCACUACACCGCAGCCUGCCGCGACGAGGCAGCAGUCGCAGCGCUGCUGGAGCGGGCGGGCGCGGACCGGGGCGCGCGGGACGCGAGCGGCCGCACGCUCGCACACUUCCGCGCUGCGCGCACUUCACUCGCGCUACCAGACGCUGCGAACAUGUCGCGAUCAAAAGAGCUUAAUCCACCACGUUUAGUUAUAAAACGCCACAAUAUACGAAUAUGGUGCCAUGAGUGCGACAUGGGACGUCUACAGCGCGUCGUGUGGGAGGGGCAAGGAGCGAGACUCCUUAGCGAAGUUUCUAGCCAGCCGAUAGUCAAGAAAUUUUUAGAAGCGGUUCCGUACAUAAUGAACACAAUCCGUGACAUACACAACGCUGUUAUCCAGAACGACUUGGAAGGCGUAAUGAAGCUCACCAGUGAUCCAAUACCACCUCAAACCUUGUCCAGCAGAGAUGCAAACAACUUGACAGCCUUGCACAAGGCCGCGGGUCUCGGUCAUGGUAGUAUUAUGAAGUACAUUGUUGAAAGGUAUCCCCAAGGUAUAAAUGACUCAGAUAAUGAUGGACGAACACCAUUACAUUACGCUGCUGUAGUAAAAGAUGAUCAACACACCUACAAUACUCUUAUUAGCCUUGGCGCUGAUGAAGGCGCAAUUGAUAACAAAAACAAAACACCAGCUUAUUACAUUAAUAGACCUCAGGAAAUCGAUAAAAACCUCUUUAAAAUAUUACCCGAAGCACCAAGAACGCCUUCUAGUGCUUAUCCUGCUUCAUGGGAUUGGAAAAUAUUAGACACGGAAUUUAUAGAUUUGAAUAAAAAAAAUCGAAAGAAAAAUUUAAAGGCGUCAAAUGAAAAUAUUUCAUCAAAACUUAACACGAAUACGAUAUCAGACAGUAUAGAAAAUAUUGAUAACGUAAUGAAAAAUAGUAGUACACACGAACUUAUAAGUGAUUUACCUGACUUAAAUGAUGGUGAAAAACAUAAUGCAAAUAAUAAAGAAUCUAAUGUAAACGAUAUACAAAACAACAAGGAUACAACAGAAAUUGAAAAGGUAAAAUUAGAUAUUACUGAAAUUAAUGCUCAGUCUGGUGAAAAUAUUAAGACUCCAGCUGAAAACAUUGAAGACGAACAAAUUGACACUAAUGAAACAGAAAAUUUAAAAAUAAAAAAUACAGACAACGAACACCAUGACCAUACGAAUGGUAUUCUUGAACAUGACAAAGAGAAAAAUAGUGAUUCUGAAAUUGUUGGUCAGAAAAUUAAUGACACGGUACAUAUUAAAGUAAUAGAAAAUGUACACCAAAAAGAUACUGUGUCAGAUAAAGAAGACAAUACUGAAACCGUAGAAGAGCAAAAACAUGAUACAAAUGAUGAAGAAAAACAAGGGGUAGGUAAGGAAGUAAGAGAAGAAAAAGAAGUUGACAUAACUGUAGUCAAUAUUACAGAUAGUUUUGAUAACGAAACUGAUAAAACACAAGUAAAAGAGAAUAAUAAGCAAGAAGUCCCUGAAAUAACAUCUCAAGAAAUUAGUAAUGCAGAAGUUGAAAAUGAAAAUACUAAUAAUCACAGUCAAACUUAUAACGAAACAAAUGAUUUUGAUGAUCGUCCUAAAUCUGAUGUAAAACAAGAAAAUAGUAAGGAAGAGGAGGUCUCUAAAACUACACCAAACGAAGGUAAUGCUGAAGAUGAUGACGAUGUACAAGUACAAGGAAAUUCUCACCCAGAACACAAUGACAUUCACACUAAAAGUGCAACAUUAAGACAAAGCAAUGGCAGUCCCAGCAGAGGAAACCUCAUCAACGGCCGAAAUAUUCAGGAAAAUCUUAUAGAAGGUAUAAUUAGCAGUGAAGCCGAACAAGAAACAGAAGACGCAAGUAUAACGCAAAGAGAUAGCCCAUAUCACAACGACAUUCUUAUUGUAGACAAUGAAAUAGAUCCAGAAGUAACUGAUUUAAUAAAUACUGCUAAUAUGGAAAUGUUAGCAACUUUAGUAUUAAAUGGCGAGGGAUCUAGAUUAAUUGGCCGCCAGUCGAGAAAUACUGAAUUACAAGCUUUUUUGAAUAAUGUUCCCACUUAUAUGCAAAAAAUAAAUAAAGUUCAUAUAGCAGCUAGAGAAGGUAAAUUAAAAGAUUUGCAAGCGGCUCUAGAUCGUAGAAAAUUUGCAAUUGCCCGAGAUCCUAUUUCACCAAAUGGCGCUACACCUUUACAUGUGGCCACUGUAUUUGGAAAAAGUAAUAUUAUGAAAUAUUUAGGAGGGAGAUUUCCCGAGACCUUAUCUGCAGUGGAUUUUGAAGGUAGAACCGCUUUGCAUUAUGCAGCUGUUCUACCAGACAAUGGUCAUUAUUACAACAUAUUGCAACAGUUGGGAGCUAAUUCUAAAGAUCUGGAUGACAAUGGUCGAUCAGCUGAAGAUUACUUUAAGAAUCCCACUCUAUUUCCAUUUAAACAAAUGUUAAUAGAUUUCGGGAUAAGUGACGCGACUGCAGAGGCUAUGUUUUCUGAUAAGGGUGCCCACGCAGCUAACGGACACAUGGACAUUCCCAUCUUUCACACCGAAGAAGGCAGAUAUCUCGCAAAGUCACUUGGAGAUCCUUUGAUCAAAGGUCUAACCGAAGUGGCUAAUAUAAAACCUAAAGAUCCCGUAGCGUUUCUUGCAAGUUUUCUUCACAAUUUUCCAGAACACGAAAAGCCUCGAUUGAGAACACAGGAAUCCAAUAUAUUAGUAACAAAAGAAGCACCUGAAGUAGAUAAUGAACAUCUACCGUUUAAUUACAAAGACGGCACUGAAGGUAAAGCGAUGGAAGAAAUAAAUCAAGAGCCUACCGAUCGCAUGCGUACGGCUAUUCGACCACAUAAACCAAUAGACGUGAUUACCGUGGAUCCUCAAUUAGAAAAUAAUCCAGAUGCGCCUGAAACUGCUCUUACAAGUCCUAACAGAGACGAGCACGGGCAAUCGAUGUUACAUUUCGCAGCUGCUCGAACUCAUACAAACAACGCACUGUUCCAACUACUCCAGGAAUCAGAUGUGAGUCUUGGCUACCGAGAUGAACUGUAUCGUACUGCGCGUGAUGUGUCCAUACAGGCCAAUCUAUUGGAAAACACUGCCGAGAUCGAUCGAUGGGUUCUGCAUUUAGCCGCCAGAGGAAACGCUGAUAAAAUUAUGGAAUUGCUAUUUCAAGGAUACGACCAUAUAUUAGACGUAGUAGACGAAGAAGGCGUGCCGAUAUCCGAAGUAGUUGCUCAACGCGGCGACAAAGAAAUGAAUGAUCUUCUUGCAUCAAUUCCGGCUUUUGAAGAAUCAAGAGAAGCUCUACACGGAGCCAUACGCCAAGGCGACCUCUCUUCUGUUCAAGAACUGCUGGCAGGAGAGGGCGGUCGCACGCUCCCUCUCGUUCAGAAUGCGCUCGGACGCAAUGCGCUACACAUAGCUGUGCUAGCCCAACAAGAAGACAUUGUGGAAUACUUGGCCAAUACUUAUCCGGAAAUACUACGUCUCGGUGAUAAUCUGGAACGCACGGCAUUACAUUACGCGAUGGGUGUCGAAAAGAUGGAAUCCUUAAGCCGCGUACUCAUCAGGGCCGGUGCUAAAAGGGUACUCAAAGAUCUCAAAGGUCGACAACCGUCGUACUACUUUAUGAACAAAUCUGAUAUUUUGCGCCUUAAAGAGGAAGAAGAAGCUUAUUAAUUUGAAAGAAAAGAAGAAUGUUAAAGUAACGCACAGAAAAGUUCUAGACAGGGCGAAUAUAUUUUUUAUCGUAUUUUCUGUCUGUCUUGCCAUGACUUUUAUACUAAUAACAUGAAAACCAUAAAUCACCUAUUCAUAUUAUGAAUGUUGCUUGAACUUAAAAUGUGGCAAAACAGUUAUAAACCAAUUAUUUUUAAAAAAAUUGUUUAACAAAAU